AUGGCCAGCACGCUCGAGGCGCUCGUCAAGCCGCCGGUCGACGCCGGCUCGUGGGUUCAAGUCCACGCGCGCUCGCUCAAGGAGAUCGUCACCGUCGACCAGCUUCCGACGCGGGCGACGUCGCGGCUCUCGGACGAGUCCUUCCUCAAGACCGGGCUGCAGGACGUGCUGCGUUUUGACGUGAGCGGCAAGGCGAGCCUCGUGCAGCUGCGCCGCUCCGAUGUCCUCAAGAUGACGCAGCAAGCCGCCAUGGAGGUGCCAUCGCCGCGGUCGCCUAAGGACGACCAGCACCUCUCGUCACCGCGCCUAAACGCUGGCAUGGGCCUGCCCCACUCGGACGCGCAGUCUGUGCACAUGCGGGACUUGCGCAAGCUCGACUAUGCGUUCGUCGAGUCGUACGAGCCGUCCAUUGUCGUGCGCAAACAGGCCAUCUUGAUCAACGCGGGCACGUCGCCUCCAGUAGAUCCGAUUCGGUCGGUGAUCAUGCGCGAGUGCUGCUUGCUCUUCGUCCCCGACCCGCACCACGCGCUCGUGCACCUGUUGACCGAGCGCUUCCAAGAGCCGAUCCACGACGAGGACUCGGAGAUGCCAUUCGAGUUUCGCGCGCUAGAAGCCAUCCUUGCGACCGUCUGCAAGUUCCUCGCAGACGACUUUACUAAGAUGGCGCCGAUCGUCAACAGCUCGCUCGAGCGACUUGCGAGCGCCCAAAUGUCGUCCGGCGAACUCGAGACACUGCGGACGCUCAAGAACGCGAUGAACGAGUUUGAGUCCCAGGUCAACGGACUCCGCCGUGUGCUCAUGGAGGUGCUGGACAAUGAAGUCGACUUGCACUUGAUGUAUUUGACCAAACUGUACCAAAACCCGCUGAUGCUCAACGAGCUCUGGACGUUCGACGCGGAAGAAGCCGAGUCGCUCCUCGAAGUGUACCUCCAAGACAUUCACUCGACCAAGACCAAGGUCGCGCUCAUCCUCCACCGAAUCCAAAACACCGAGAGCGUCGUCAUGCUCAAGAUGGACGCGGUGCGCAACUACCUCCUCACCGCCGACAUGAUCUUUACGCUCAUCAUGGUCUGCAUGACCUUUGGCAUGUUUGUCACCGCCGCAUUUGGCAUGAACCUCACGUCCGGCCUCGAAGCCACGCCGGGGGCGUUCAUCACCGUCCUCUUCUCCACGAUCGGCUUCUCGGCCGUCACCAUCUUCGCCGGUAUCGCCUUCUUCAAGAGUCGAGGAGUCAUCAUCUAA